GAACAUAAUGUCACUGUGGAAGUUGUUUGAAGGGGCCAGGUACUGUGGAGGUGUGUGUGAACACAGUCUCAAAAGAUACAAGAGAAUAAGAGAUAACAGAGAUAAGUUGGUGGAACUGGGUUUUAUGACACUAGAUGAACCACUGGAAUGUUACCGGACUAAAGAAUGGGAGGAACAUACCUCAGCCUACUCACAGUAUGAAACAUUGCUGAAUCAGUAUGAAGAUGGGUUGAUAAAACUUGAGGAGGUUGUUAAUAUUGAUCCCAGAAACCCCGCUGAGAGGUACAGCUCAGACAGUGACAAAGACAGUCCUGUAGUCAAUAAGAAGAAGAAAUCUCCCAACAAAAAGAAGAAGUCCCACAAAGGUAAACAUAAGAAUGGAAGAGUUGAGACUAAAAAGAUAAAAGUAGAACAGCUGGAUUUUGUGGAAUGUGUAAGACAAGUUAAUCAGCCUGAAGAAGCUGAAGCUCCUGAAGUAGAUGAACUAGAGAUGUUCCUACACUCAGAACCUGAGUCUGUACCAGCAUUACAAGAUCUACUUGUCAACAAGAAUCUAGCUUCUCACCUCGGAGAAGGUCCUGUAGAUGUGUGUAAACUGAUUGCAGAAAACCCUGAGUUUACACAUGAAAUAUGUGAGGCUAACAUAGACUCUCUUAUGUCUGAUGAGGAGUUCUAUAAAAUUACUUGUGAGACUUAUCCCGGGGGCUGGGAGAAAUUCCUGGAGGACAUGGAGAAUGAAGAGUCCUCAGAUGAGGAGAAAAAGAUUGAGGUUUGA